AUGAGUGGUCACCAAGGCAGGUGCGCGUGCCAAGUGGCGAUCCCCGCCAAACCGCAACAAACUUCGAAAAGGGGCGGGUGGCAGUGUGACGAGACCAGACCAUCUUGCAAAGCAUGCCUCCGCCAUGGCAUCGAAUGCAGUCUUUCCAACCAGUCCGACAUCGCAUCCCCGACGGCUAGUUCUACCGCUGCCGGCACGCCUUCGCCAGGCCCGGGUCCGUCUUCUCUGCCACCAGACCUCCGGAAAAUCCGGGUGAGGGCUCUCAACCCGAAGCCCACGCUACUGCAGCCACCCACUCCCGGCCCACCAGGAGAAUGCGGCCCGGAUCCGGUACCCUCCCCGAGCGGCUCGGCACGCACGCCAUCUACCGACUCCCCUGUAGCAACCACCCCCGACCCCUUUCCGUACCUGACCAAGCUCGUCACUGGCCCGGCUGAGGAGGACACGGCUAACUGGGUCUUCGACCUCGAGUUGCUCCAUCACUUCACCACGUCCACCUAUGAGACCUUCAUGAUCGACUCUGCGCGGCUCGAGAUCAACCGUCUGUGGAAGAUGGAGGUGCCCAGGCAAGCUUUCAGCCACAUCUUCUUGCUCCACCAGAUUCUCGCCGUAGCAUCCUAUCACCUCGCCCACCUGCACCCCCAAAACCGCCAGGCGUACUCGCUCCGCGCAUCACAACACCAGAACGCUGGCAUCCGGCGUAUGCGCCUCGCCCUUCCAGAGAUCUCGCCCGCCAACUGCCACGCCCUGUUCGCCUCGUCGUCCCUCCUCUUUAUAGGCUCCCUCGCUGCCGCCUCCACGAACCGCGUCACCGGUGGGCCUACCGUGGACGACAUCGUCGACGUGUUGAUCCUGGUCAAGGGCAUCGGCAGCGUGUUGUACUCGUCCCAGGACCUGUUACGGUCGGGCCCUCUCUCGGAGUUGUUUGUGCAGCACGGCGGCACUGAACUCCCCAACCCGGCACUGGACCGCGUCGUGCUGGCCGUCGGGGAUUUUUUGGUCGAGAUUGCCGAAACCGAGGCCGACGACCGGGUGCGCGCCAUCAUCCAUGCCGAUGCGUACCGCCUGGUGUCGGUCAUUCGGGACUCGCUCUCCAAGUCCGCCAGCGCCGAGUACCGCGUAGUCGCGGCGUGGCCGAUCCAGACGUCGGAUGAUCUGAUACCGUUGUUGAGGCAGCGGAACCAAGCUGCGCUGGCCCUGCUCUCGUACUACUGUGUUGUGUUCCACGCCGCGCAACUGCAGGGGUAUUGGUUCAUGCAGGGCUGGGCUGAGGGGGUAAUACAGGAUAUCGCCCGGACCAUGACAGGGCCGUGGCAGCGGCACUCUGCCUGGGCCCUAGGCUGGAUCACCGGACAUGCGGCGAUGGGGUGA